GAGGGCGGGGAGGUGUGCGCCGAGUCCCGCCGCGCCGGCUGAUCGUCUACCUGCGGCGGCUCGGCCUGGCAGUGUGGGACCGGGUUGGCAGUGGUAAUGGAGGCAGCGGAGUCGGGUCCUGAGCAGGAGCCGCUGACUAGGGUGGACGAGUACGGGUUCGAGCGGCCGGCGGGGACCGAGGCAGAGGAGCUGGUGUCGGAUUACCAGGCAGUGCUGAACCGCCGCGCGAUCAAAUGGCGCAAGCUGCUGCAGGGCAGUCGGCUGCAACGGAGCCUGAAAGUAAAGCGAUACAUCAGAAAAGGCAUUCCAAACGAAUAUCGUAGUCUCAUCUGGAUGACUGUCAGUGGAGCCCAGGGACAGAUGGAAAAGAACCCAGUGUACUAUAAGAAAAUGCUGGAAAUGGAGGAAGAUCCAAAGCUGGUUGAAUCUGUAAGAACAGACAUUAACAGAACCUUUCCCGACAAUGUACAGUUUCGCAGAACCGCUAACCCCUGCCUACAGCAGCCACUUUUCAAUGUUUUAGUGGCAUAUGGAAAUCACAACAAAACAAUUGGCUAUUGCCAGGGGAUGAAUUUUAUUGCUGGCUACUUGCUCAUAGUGACCAAGGAUGAAGAGAAGUCCUUCUGGUUGUUAGACUCUCUGAUUAAGAAGAUAGUACCAGGUUUCUACAGUCCAACAAUGAUUGGGCUAAAGACUGAUCAAGAGGUUCUGGCUCAUUUGGUUAGGAUGAAGGUCCCUGCAGUGGCUGAGUUAAUGGAACGGCACAAUGUGAUGUGGACCUUGGUUGUUUCUCGGUGGUUUAUCUGCUUGUUUAUUGACAUUCUUCCCGUGGAGACUGUUCUUCGUAUCUGGGACUGUCUGUUCUAUGAAGGAUCUAAAAUCACCUUUCGUGUGGCCUUGACGUUAAUAAAGUACCACCAGGCUUCAAUCUUAGAAGCAAAUAAUUUCCCUGCCAUCUGUGAGAAGUUCAAGCAGAUCACACGUGGUCCUCUGGUCCAAGACUGUCAUAACUUUAUGAAGAAAAUAUUUACUGAACCUGGAAGAUUGCCCCUCAAUACGAUCACCAAGCUACGAGAGAUCAGCAGGGCCCAGAUAGAUGACCAGAGCUGAUGUGCAUGAUUCAAUUCCAGCUAACUAAAUACCUCAGGACCUUGAAGACUUCCUACAUUCCUCCAAUGUAUAUUUGGGCUGGAUUUGUCUCACCAGCAUCUCAAUUACUGUGAGCUACAUCUAACCUGUACAAUACUGUCUUUAAAAAAAAUUGACUAGCUACUUGUACAUACUUAGAAUUCAGGUGAUCAAAAUUACAACUAUUUGUUUCAGAUUUAAAGUAAGAUUACUAAAUGAAGGGCUGUUUGUACUCAUAGAUUUCUAGUCAUUUCUUAACAUUAAUUUAUAUUCACUUUUCAUCCAAAAUAUAACUUUUUAAUGUAUUGUUAAAUAGAAUUAUCUAAUUAUUCAGUGAGUGGAGAUAGUAAAUGUGUUAUUUUGAUAUCAGUGGCAUUUGAUCAGGUGUAAUUAAAUUCUUGUACCAGCACUGUCCUGUCAAAUCCCCAGACUCUGGCUGAACUGCACUGCCUUGGUAUGGCUGACACUCCAGUCCUAAUAAAGGCAUUGCUACCGGUUUCCUGUAUGAUUUACAUGGAGUGCAGUGGUGUCCAGCAGCAGCCAGCGACUCUUAUCUGUAAAAGGCAAUAAUCAAAAGUUGGCACUUUCCUGGAUAUAGACCUUUUUCAGUGUGUACAGGGUUCUUCCCUAUUUGUGUGGCAGCUGAUAUUUUGUACCUACUGUUUAUAAAUGCAGAAUUGAAAGUGUGUUUAAAUGUAUUUUUUAAAAAAAAGUCAAUUUCUUUGCAAAAGUGAUAAUUAAACAAUAGUCUGAGCAUUUUCUG